CGUAUUUGUGGGGGCUGCAGCCCCACACAUGGCCAGGCGGCUGGUCAACGGCGGCGACAGCGACGGCAGGCAUGCCGGCCAAGCACUCUUUAGCGUGGCCGACAUCCUGGAGCCGAUGGUAGUGCAACGGGCUGAUGAGGAGCUCUCCUUGGAAGGCUUCUCAGAUUCUGCUAUGGGUGAGCCAGAGAGCCAAGUUUCUGUGGUGCCUAGUGGUGGAGCAGCCCCCAUGGCUCGAGUGCCCCUCACAGCUACGGUGCAGCUCACAGCUGCAGCUGGACCAUCUGCAGCAGCAAGUGAUCACCAGGGAAGUCCCCACCGGGAGGCGCCUACUCGCGUUGGAGGGCGCUUUGGAGUGCUGGAGCGCACGCUAGGUGCUGAACAAGAUGUUCGGCUUGGUCAUCUCACGCGGGACCAAGAAAGGAAGGACGAAGAACACGACCUCCGCCUUAAGAUCCUAAAAGCCGAGCACGAAAUGAGGCGGAGUGAGCAUAAGCUUAAAAUGAAGAAAAUUAGAAACGAAAAUAGGCUCGUCCUGCUCAGAAUUGCUGAGGCAAAGAAAUUAAACAGAUAGAGGCCACAAAUAGGAGCGUUGUGUGCAACAUUGCCUGGCUAAAAAAAUAAACAGUUAA